UCUACAUACAACAACCAUUACAAUGGCUUUUAAGUUCGUGGUACUCGCCUGUUUCGUGGCCGCUGCAAGCGCUGCUUUUGUACCAGCACCAGUAGCUUAUGCUGCUGCCCCAGCAUUCCACGCUGCUUCACCGGUUUAUCACGCUGCCCCGGUAGCAUACGCUGCCCCCGUGGCCAAGUACGCUGCAGUGGCUCCCGUGGCUAAAGUAGCCGUCGAUGAAUACGACCCUCACCCUCAAUACAGAUUCGCUUAUGACGUCCAGGACAGCCUGACCGGUGACUCUAAGAGCCAACACGAGAGUCGUGACGGUGACGUCGUCCAAGGCUCCUACUCCGUCGUUGACCCUGAUGGUACAAAGCGCACUGUUGACUACACUGCUGAUCCUCACAACGGUUUCAACGCUGUAGUGCGGAAGGAAGCCAUCGGCGUGAGAGUAGCAGCUCCUGUAGUAGCUAAGGUGGCACCUGUCGUACACGCCGCUCCUCUUGUACACUCUGCUCCCAUCGCGUAUGCUGCAGCACCAGCCCAUGCGUAUGCAUCUCCCAUUUACCACCAUUAAACCAAAAACAUGAAGUUUAUUUCCAGUCUAUGUCUAAGUCGGGCUGAAUGUAUUUAGAUCGAAACGUUAAGCAACUCAAUAGGAUAAGCUAAAUAAAUUAUUAUUUUUUAUAUCAUAA